AUGAAAUUUCAGAUUUUUAUCCAUAUCAAUGAGGCAGAACCCAGUAGUGAGUCUCUUGUACAAAAAUAUCCAAAUGUAGAUAGCCCGAAAGAUAAUUGGCUUUUACCUUCAGGAAUAUUGAUAAGAAAUAUAAUUUAUGGGCCAAAGAAUCUUCACAAAUCGCAUCCAUCACAUUUUGGAAUAAUACAUAUUGGUGUCAAUGUUCGUAAGCCUGAAUGGAUAGAGGACAAAGAUUGGAUCUAUUUGAAUUCAAGUGUUGAAUUCCCACACUUUAAAUUAUUUUCUAACACAGAAGAAUUACUAAUUUUACUUUUAAAGACUGACUCUUUAACCAAAUAUAAGAAAACCAUUUGUGAAGCAAAAUACAAAAAUGAUAUUGAUCCUGAAAUGGAAUUUAUUACAGUUGUUCUUUGGUGGUUUGGUGAAAUUUAUCUAAAAGCAAAUGCCAAUCAAAGAUUAUUGAGGCGUAAUUUAAAACCUGAAGAUGACAAACCUUUAGGUAUGAAGGUGGAUGGUUUAUUUCAUACUCCAGGAAAUAAAGGUCUUGAAAUUGGAAUGUUUGAGUUAUCAGGUGGUUACUUAACUUCAGAUAUGCCUAGAUAUAUAAAAGGUCAUGUUAAAGGUUAUUGGGGGUGUUGUGAUAUUCUCAAUGAUAUUGCAAAAAAAUACAAUCAUGGAGAUCAUAAAAUUUUGAGAAAUUUACAUAUGUGGUUCUUUCACAUACAUGGUCAAGAAGUGCAGGCAUGGGGAAUGGAUCUUCCUGUUUCAAAAGUUUACAGGAUGUUUUUAAUUGAUACAUUUUAUUUGCCAAUUAAUUGGGAUGAGCAUCAUGAAUUAGUGGAUGCGUUAAAAAUUUUAUGGAAUUUGGGGAGAGGCUUAGAUAAUUCAUUUUGGUUACUGGAAGAAUUUAAGAAAUCACAUCGAUGA